AAAUGUAACUUAUUUAAUCUGUCCUCUGAAAACAUUUAAUUGUUCAUUUUCAGAGUAUUAAUAAGAACAGAUGUGCCUACCAUUGUGCUUUAUGAUUUUGUUAAUGAUCGCCUGCGAGCAAUCCGACAAGAUAUGACUAUACAAAGGUUGUCAUCAAAAGAGUGUGCUUCUUUAUUAGAACCUAUGAUAAGAUUCUAUGUAUACUUUGCAUAUAGGUAAGUUUAUAUUUAUUUAUUGUGAGGGGUGGUGAUAUUAUAUUCUCUAAUUCCUCCUUUAUUUAUCAAGUCUAGCUGUAUUACUGUAAAUAGCUUCAGAACUUAUACAUGUUGCAGAUUAUAUGAUCUGCCAUUCAAAGACUUUGACCCGGUGCUUAAUAAGAAAUACCUAUUGGAAUGUUUAAAGUGGUUUCUCUGCUGCUGUGAUAGCAUGAUGCAAAGCAAUGAUGACAAAAUUGAUGACCUCAUUAUGAAUUUAUCCAGUCUAGAUAUUGAUAAAACUUGUGAUAGAAUAUUAAUGGAGAGUCUUUAUAUAUUGUGCAACUUGAAUGAUAUCCAUCCAUUGUUAAGAUAUUUGAACCUACCAAAAGAUAUGAAAAGAAAUCAAACACUAAAUCUGGCUUAUAAAAUAGCCAUAGCAAACAUAAAAGGAGACUUUAUAAAUAUAUGCAGACAUAUUAACAAUCUGUGCCCUCUAACAUAUUAUGCUAUGUAUUUAUAUCUUCCAGAAAUACAAAAACAUGCUCUUCAAGUAUUGAGCCAUGCCUACAACAGCAAGCUGUUAAUGGUGCCCAGUGAUGUGUUACAGAGCUGGCUUUGCUUUGGUAGCAGGGAUGAAGCACUGAGUGUUUGUCGACACUAUGGGCUAGAAACUGCAGAAAAUGCAGUCAAAUUUGUAAAAACGAACUUCAAAAAAGAAACUCCUAUACAUCAUCUGCAAAGGACUAUACCUAAUGAGAAGAACUUGAGUGUUGAAGAUAUUUUUACUUACCACAGUGAAAAUUUAAAAGGAGAACUUUGAUUAUAUUAACUGUUUUUCUUCAAAAUAGUGGUCCUUCAAUAAAUUUAUAUGAAGCAACAACUGUCACUAAUAUUAAACAUUUUCUUUUAAUUAACCAAAUUCAUGUUAUUAUUGAUGCAGAAAGUUUUUUGACAGACCAUUGUUAUGAUGAUAAAAAAGUAACUUCCUUAUUAUGUAUAAAAUAAAAUUCGAUAGCCCCAGGUACUCUGAGAUUUUUCACUAAAGAUGUUUUUAGUAUAGCAUUGUGAACGCAAAAUCGCUCAAAUAUAUCCUUUUCAAAUAUGCUUUAGCCUAUAUGCUUUACCUCUUUGAUAUUAAUUUUAGGUGCUGUUUUGAUCUCAUUAAUUAUAUCUUUAAAUUGCUUAUGAUUGAAUAUUACCUAACUACUUACUCAACUCAACAGUAAUAAAACAAUGUUUAUAAAGGAAUCCUUUAUUUGUUUUAUUUACAUAAGAAAAUUCUCCUAAUUAUGCGAUAACUAAUUAAUUACAAUAGACAACAAAAUCUAUCAAAUAUCAAACGGAUGCACGGCUCCCAGUUUUAACAUGUCAAAUUCAUUAACAACAUGACUCAAAAGUAAUUUACAAUGCCAUUAUAUUUUAAUAAAACAUACAAAACACGCCGCCGGCGUCCCUGAAAUUCAUUGGUACUUUAGUUACAUAAUAUUAUGUAAAGUAAGAAGCUACGGCAUUUGGUGGCUUGUAAGUAAUUUAGCCGUAAAUUAUGGAAUACAUAUCCGAAGACAUAGUUUAUGUUAGAUGUGUAAUAUUUUUUUUUAUUUCACAGCUCUAGGUUACAUAUAAUCUCUUGUGAAAUACAAAACUAGAGAUGAACUCUAAAACGGCAGAGUCGCACACCUUACACAAUAUACAACAAAUAUAAAUUAAUCUUAGCUCAACUACACCACUGUUGACUGUGUGAGUGCAAUAGAUGUUAGAAACAUGUCAUUGAAAAUUAUGUGUACAUGAAUUCUCGAGUAAACGUUAAAUUAUCACAGCUGUAUAUAAAUAUUAUCAUGAUUUAAAAAAAAAAAACAUUUAACAAUAGCGAUAGUCCGCACUCCGUCAACAGUGCGACUGGUAACUAAAGAUGUUGCGCGACACUUAGUACCUCGAGCUUGGUAAAAAUGCACAUUAUUGGCCCUAAAAUGAAUACAUUAAAUAUUUGUUAAAUACACAACGAGCUACUAAUACAAAUACUGAACCGAUGAAUAACGAAAGAGAGUACAACGAAUAAUUUUUUUUUAUUAUUAUAAUGUAUUAUUUGAUUAUAAUAACAAUUUCUAUACAUUCCGUAUACGAAAUACGGACGUGUUUUUUUAUAUUUGUUCGUUAAUUUUAUGUAGUAUUUAUACACCCCAUCGGUAGCACCAAGUUGUUCAAGGGGGAAGGUAAACGUUCUAAACUAAAAUUAUUGAACCAUGGAAACAUGGAAAGGUAAAUUAUUUAGUAAAAGACUUCAUCGUAGCUAAAUAAGAAAUAAAUAACUUGCAACAACAACAGGGGUAAACUAUGAACUACAUCGGCUGUUACAAAUACACGUAAAUAAUGUUUACCUUCAAUCGAGGCUUCAGGGUGUAUGUUACCCGAUAUUGUCAUGUUGGCAGAUCGCGAUGGAAUUGGACAGCAAUCUAUUGAUAUCGACAAGUUUCCAUAGACAACGGUAGAAGCACGCGACCGUCCAUUGUUUCUCUUACCAGUUGAAAUAUAAACAAGUGUUUUAAUAGUUUUCAAAUAUUAUAUUACUCUCUAGUGACUGUACAUUAAAUAUAUUGUAAUGUUCUAUUAUAUAUUUAUAUAUAUAUAGGUUUAAAGACAAUUUUUAUUCUAAUAUUCAUAGAGAACUAGAAGUCAAACUGUGUUAUAGAAUCGUAAUUGUGUAAAAAUAUUUUAGAGAUCGAACAUAAUAAAUUUAAAGUGGAACCUGACAUAAAAAAUAGAGACCGUAAUAGUAAACGAGGCUGUGUACGGUAAAACCCAAUGAAUAUGGCGCGUGAAUGUUCGUUUGCGCAGAACAGACCUACUGAUUUCGACGAUGACCGAACGUGUGAUCAACACUUAAAAUCAGUCUUGUUUUAAAUAACAAUAAGCUGCAAUUUAGAACACAUUUAUGUUUCGGUAACACCAAAGUGAUUGUCCGAUAACGAAUCAUUGAAUUAAUAUAAUUGGUCGACAUUUGUCACACUUUGAAAAUUGGCCUUCUGCGUAGGCACACAUCGUGGAGGCAUAUUUCUUGUGUUUUACUGUAUAAACCAAUUCCUGUCGGGCCUGAAAAGUCUGCCGAUGCUGUCUGUGUACACGACGACGGCGGAUCAACUAUGCGCUGCCAUUCGACUAAAAGUACUAUCAACGUCAUGUCAGCGGCGGUCGACUUCAGACAUUUCAUCUUGGCUGUGUUCGUCGGUAUUGACGGUCUUUCACGGCUGCCAAAUAUUCUACCUUCAACGCUUGUUAUAACCUUUUCGUGAAUCUUUACGUAAUAUUGAUUUAAUGGCGGCCGCUUCGCAACAUUUAAACAAAUAAAUGAAAAUCUUGCCGAUAUUCAUUUCAAUCUAUUAACCGCCGGACACGUUGCUAUCGCUGCCUGAACCGAUGACGGUAGACGCCGCACGGCUUUUGUGACUGCAAUAACAUAAUUUCGAAUUAUUACAUGAAAAUCGGUAUAAAGGUUUUAUUCUGCAAGUCUUAUAAAAGUCUACAAACCAAAAUUUGUCAUAUUAUGUAAUAAUAUCUAUAAACUACGCGUUCUUCAAUUAUAUAUAAUUUACAUUAAAAGGAAAAUUGUUUUCAACAUAAAUAACAUUGAAGAGAAUUU